AUGCAAAACCAACGAGAACGUUUUAAAUUGAAUCUUGAUCCUGCAGAGAUUGAUGCACUGAGUCCAGAGGAAUUGAAACAAAAAGUUCCUAAUCAAGCGGAUGAGGCUCUCAAACUCAGGCUGAAGAAAUACGGAAUGAAGCAAUGUAAAGUGGAAUCCAAGAAUUUUGCCGAUUGCUCCAAAGACAAAUUAUUAUCAAUUGCUGUAAAGUGCAAAGAUGAGCUACAAGCACUAACAGAUUGUAUUACCAUUUAUUUAAAUGAAGAAAAUAUGAACAAGAUGAGGAGAGCAUAUCUAAAAGGAGAGCUUGUUAAAAAGCAUAACAUAACGGACCUGAGAAGUGAGCUAAAUCGAAGGUUGGAGGAAAGAUCAAAGACAACAUCAACAAAGGAAAAUAUUUAA